CCUGCAUAGAUUAGCAAAACAGAGUUUAGCGAUCAGACAAGUAGCUGGACAUUAAAGAAAGGGAACUAUAAGAGGACGCACCACAUAGGAGAAUUCAAGGUCUUAGUGAAUGCACCAACAUAAUGCCAAUUAUGGGAAUGAAAUCAUUUUGUUGUUUCAUGGAUUAUUAUUUGACUGUAAUUCUGAUUGGAUCUCAGCUGUGGAGCAAUAUUGUCUGUCAACAGCUCCCUGGAUAUAAUAUUUAUACAUGUCCAUCGGUGACGGUGCAGCGCGGUCUAUGUAUCCAUGUUCCAUGCUCAUUUACCGUGCCCAGUGAUGUACAGUUAUCCCUAUCUACCACUGGUACAUGGUUUCUGAUACAAAAUGGAGAUGCAUACGUUGCUGCUUCUAAAAAUAAUGCUAAACAUCAGACAAAUGGACGCUUCUUCCUGACCGGAAAUGUGUACAGAGGAGACUGCUCAUAUUCCAUAGAAGACCCAUUGCCUACAGAUGAGGGAUUAUAUUUUUUCCAAAUUGAAGAUGGUGCCACAAAGGUCCUCUAUACUUAUAUUAUACCUUAUGUGGAUGUAAUCGAGCUCACAGAUACACCUAUCAUCUCCUCUACAAGGCUGGUGAGGGGGGAGGAGGUGACAUUGACCUGUACAAGUCCUGGUAGAUGCUGGACAACACCACAGAUAACAUGGGAAGGAACCUUGACUGAUACAAGACAGAAGAAGUAUGAUUUAAUCUAUGGAGAUGGCAGGAGAACCUUCCAUUCCAAUAUCACAUUCACCCCAAGGAAGUCACACAACAAUUCUCUAUUAUUCUGCAAAGUGACCUUCAAAUCAGGAGUGACCACAGUGAAGCAGCGAGUGUUGAACGUUGAAUAUGGAGAAAAAAAAUUCUAUGACCCUUCUGUCUAUGUACCUUCAGCUGUAGAAGAAGAUAAAAGUUUCAGUGACCCUACUGUCCACGUUCCUCCAGCUGUAGAUGAAGAUAAAAGAUUCACUGACCCUACACUGCUUAUCCUAGCGAUAAUCGGACCAAUCUGCCUCCUGCUGCUUGCAUUGCUUGCAUUUGCUUGUUGGAGGAAAAGGCAGGGGAAGCCGACAAUGGCUGAGAAGCCGACAAGCGCUGAGCCUGAACCCAUAUAUGCCAAUCUAAAGUUGUCAGAUAUUACAAGUGCAUACGAUCAGCUGGAGCCUGAAAUCCCCGCAUAUAUCGAUGUUCUAGGAUCAGAUGUGGGCCCAGCUCUCUAUUAUGAAAAUGAAAAAAAAAAAACGAAAAAAACAAACAACAUUUUUAAAAUGAGAACAUAAUCAUUAGUGUUAAUCGCGAAUAUUCUAAUCGCCAAUUUUUAUCGUGAAUAUCGGCACUUCGAGAAUUCGCGAAGAUCUAGAAUAUAGUGCUAGCUCUUCGUAAUCGCAAAUAUUAUAGAUUUCUUUUUUUCAACUGUACCCUCA